GUAUGCAAAAUUUUACAUAAAAUACUUAAGAGUGCAUCUAGAGGGUUAGGGAGAAAUUUAUCCUUGCAACUUUUAUAGCGGCAAGGUGAACGAUAAGCAGUAAUCACAUACAAACGCGCAGAACCACGGCCACGUGAGCUCGGCAAGAACCGGAUUCCAAUCAUGGAGGAGGGCGCCGGAGGGUUCCGAGCCGGCAACAAGGACAAAGGCGGCGAAGUCGACUACAAGACGAAGGCCGGGACGGCGUGGUCGCACUCGUUCCUCAACCAGAAGCCCUGGCACCCGCUCUCCUACCCAAACCAGCGCCGCAAAUGGAUCGCCGAGCAAACCCACUCGCAAAAUCAGCGCCGCGCCGAGGAGGUCGCGCGCGAGUAUGCUCAACAACAGGAUUUUCUUCGGCAGACUGCACUUCUUUCAAAUAAAGAAAAAGAAAAGUUGGAAAUGAUGCAAGCUGUAAGCUUUUUAUAUGUAAAGCCUCCUGGUUACAAUGCGGAAAGUGCUAAAGCUGCUGAGAUUGCUGAUGAGAAAAGAAAGCUGGAGCAAUCUCUCGAAGAGGGCUCAUCUUCGAUGAAGACGGAAAAUGGACCUUCUGCAGGGGAGAAAAAGAAACAAGCGCCAAAAGAUGUUUUUGGUCGUGCUUUACCUACUGAAGAACAAUUUGAGGUCCUCAAAAAUGCUCCAAAGUUAGAUACUGGUGUUGCUGGCCGGGCAAAACCAUUUGGAGUUGAGAUUCGCAAUGUGAAAUGUCUUAGAUGUGGGAACUACGGCCAUCAAAGUGGUGAUCGUGAAUGUCCAUUAAAGGAUGCAAUAAUGCCUAAUGAGGAAAGUCGAUUAAAACGGGAUGACCCUUUAACAGCCAUUCUGGCUCAGACUGAUGCUAGUGAGCCUUUAAAGUGGGAGCUGAAACAGCAGCCGGGAAUGAGCCCUCCUCGUGGAGGUUUCAAUCCCGACGACCCCAAUCAGCAGAUAGUUGCUGAUGACAUAUUUGAUGAGUAUGGAGGAUUCCUAAGUGAAGCUAACAUACCAGAGUUGCUAACAAACUUUUCUUCAAGCAAGAAGAAGAAGAAGAAGAAGAAGAAGAAGAAAAAGAAGUCGAACAAGAGACGUUCUCCUUCACCCGAUGAAGAAAUAAGAGACGAUGAAGGGAGCGAAUCGUCAUCUGGUGACGAGAGGAGGGGAAGAGUAAAGAAAAGACAUAAGAGGAAGAAGCGAGAGCAGUCUGGGUCGAGUCCAUCCGAAAGCUCAGAUAGCAACAGGCAUUGGAGAAGGAGCAACAGACGCAAGCAUCGACAUUCGAGCUCCUCUGAGGCGUCUGAUUCUGAUCGAGGACGUAGACGCCAUCGGCACAGUCAUAAUCCUCAUCAGCACAGUCAUCAACAUCAACGUCGACGACAUCAUUCCGUUUCUUCAUCAGAUUAAUGGAACCUCAUCAAAACAAAUAGAAUAUAUACAAGCGUCUCGCUACUAUUGCUGUAUUUUAGAGGAGAGAGAGAGAGACCAAUGGUGAUUUUGAGCUUGUCGAACGCCUCUUAAUCCAACCACUUGAUUUUUUUUCAA